AUGAAAGCUACACUUACUUCUAUCGGCGCUCUAGCGACAAGUGUGUCGGCGAUGCUGCCACGAACCCCUUACUGGCAUGGAAAUGCUGUCCCUACAGGUAGGACUCUCCCGCUAGACUAUAGCACUAAAGUCUGCGAAGUGCUAAGUAUAACCAUUCUAGAACGAGAUACGGGCGUCCAGUAUUUUGGUGUCAACAUCGCAGGUUUCGACUUCGGCUGUGCCACAGAUGGAACUUGCGUAACCGAGCAAGCGAGUCCGCCAUUAUUGGCAAUGGCGGCACUUGGAGGUCCUGAUGGAGAAGGACAAAUGCUCCACUUCGUUAAUGAUGAUGCUAUGAACAUAUUUCGAUUACCCGUCGGUUGGCAGUACCUCGUGAAUAAUGAGCUAGGAGGCACGCUCGACUCCAACAACUUUGAUCUAUUCGACCAACUCGUCAAAGCUUGUUUAGAUACCGGUGCUACAUGCAUAAUCGAUGUUCACAACUACGCCCGCUGGAACGGGCAAAUUAUCGGACAAGGCGGCCCAACUAAUGAACAAUUUGCAAGUCUCUGGAGACAAAUAGCGACGAAGUACGCCUCAGAAGAAAAGAUCAUGUUCGGCUUGAUGAACGAACCCCACGACGUACCCAACAUCAAUGCAUGGGCACAAAGCGUACAAGCAGCAGUGACCGCAAUUCGCCAGGCUGAGACGAACAGCAGCGGCAUCGCACAUACGAUCCUGAUUCCAGGCAACAACUACACCUCGGCAGCGGCUUUUCCAACAGAUAGCGGGCCUGCGCUCUUGAAAGUCGUGAACCCAGAUAACACCACGACCGGCCUUAUCUUCGACGUGCACAAAUAUUCGGACAGCGACAACUCGGGAACCCACACAGAGUGCACGACCGACAACAUUGCGUCCGCAUUUGCGCCACUCGCGGACUGGCUGCGCACGAACAAUAGACAAGCUAUGAAUACGGAGAUGGGAGGAGGUAAUACGGAGUCUUGUCAGAAAUUGAUCUGCGACCAGAUCGCGUUUCUUAACGAGAACUCUGACGUCUAUCUGGGCUAUGUUGGCUGGGCGGCCGGAUCGUUUGAUCCUGAGACGUAUGAGCUCAGCGAGGUUCCGACCAAGAAUGGGGAUACUUGGACUGAUAGUGCUCUGGUCCAGGCAUGUUUUAAGAAGCCUGCCUGA